UGGAUAGUCGUGCAAUUUUAUUGUAAUCAAACUUAUCCCAUUCAUUAUUAUUGACAUAUUGUAAGCUCUUCAAUGUAGAAAGCUCCGUACAUGUAAUUAUUUUGUUUAUAAGGGAACAACCUAGGAUCCUCGUAUAUCACAGACAGGCUAACGAUCCAUAAUGGAACACAUAAAGACGGCGAAGGUGGAAAACGUGCGCCUGCUGGACCGUUACCAGGCGCGUCGUCCUAGCAUCGGCACCCUAUAUAUCACCACGACACAUCUUAUCUUUGUCGACACCGACCGAAAGCGAGAGACAUGGGUGCUGCUGAUGCACAUCGGCAGCGUCGACAGGCUCAGCCUGACGACCGUCGGAUCGCCGCUGCAGAUACGCUGCAAGACGUUCCACUGCGUCACGUUCGUCAUCCCGCGCGAGCGCGACUGCCAGGACGUCUACACGGCUCUGCUCAGGCUGUCACGCCCACUCAACAUCGAAGAGCUCUACGCCUUCCACUACAGGCCGUCGACUGAUGAUCUGUACAAGUCAGCCGGCUGGGCAAUCUACGAUAUGCAGGCAGAGUACUCGCGCAUGGGCGUGCCCAACGACAACUGGUGCCUCAGCGGCAUCAAUAAGGAGUACGAGGCUACGAUCACGCGGUGUAGUCAACCUCUGUCUGGCUUCAGCGCGCGCUGCGUAGAGGAUGAGCUGAUGCUGCACUGCAUCCUCAAGGCGAAUCCAAGCUCGCGCUUCAUGUACGUCGUCGACACCAGACCCAAGAUCAACGCGAUGGCCAACAAGGCGACGGGGAAGGGCUACGAGAACGAGAGCUUCUACUCCGACAUAAAGUUCAUGUUCCUCGGCAUCGAGAACAUACACGUGAUGCGCAACAGCCUACAGAAGCUUAUAGACGUGUGUGAGCUAAAGGACCCGGGCAUGUCGGACUGCCUGGAAGGCCUGCAGUCCAGCGGAUGGCUCAAGCACAUCAAAUCUGUGAUGGACACGUCUCUGUUUAUCGCCAGCGCGGUGGGAGAGGAAGGAAUCAGCGUGAUGGUGCACUGCUCCGAUGGCUGGGACCGCACAGCACAGACCUGCUCUCUAGCUAGCAUCCUACUAGACCCAUUCUACAGAACACUACAGGGCUUCAUGGUCAUGCAGCAGUUUCCGGGCGCAUUCCAGUUCAACGAGCGAUUCCUGCUGACCAUCCACGACCACGUGUACUCCUGCCAGUACGGCACCUUCCUGGGUAACUGCGAGAAGGACAGGAUUGAUCUCAGGCUGCCUGAAAGGACAUACUCUCUCUGGGGCUACAUGUUGCACAACAUGAGUGACUACAUCAACCCCCUCUACAGGCGAGACAACAAAUAUAACAAGAUUCUGAAGCCAAACACGGGUGCUCAGAAUGUCAGGUUAUGGCGAGGCAUGUACAACAGGUUUGAGAGUGGCGUACAUCCGCGCGAGUCUGUGAUGGAUGUGCUUUGCCUGGCGAAGGAUCAGAGCAGCUCACUGGAGGAUCACAUACAGCUGUUAGGAAAGAGGAUCUCGACGUUGAAGACACUGCUCGGCCGCAGCGACGGCGGCGGUAGCGUCAAGGACCGCGGCAGCGACCGCGACUCUCUCACCGACAGCGCCAUCUCGUCGGACGCCGAGGCGGACGCGCGCGCCGCCGCCGCCGCCGCCGACACGAUCACGACGCCGACCUGCGGCGUGCGACCGCUCGCGCCACCUGGCGGCGGCAAGCUGAGCGGCAGCAUGACGUCGGAGCUGCGCAGCGAGUGCGGCGAGUCGGGCGUCGCGACGUCGACGAUGACGUCGUCUUCGCGCAGCGCCAUCGAGGAGAACGGCGGCGGCGUGACGGCGGCGCGGCUCGCCGCGGAGGUGGCGUCCGUCGCUGUGGACUGGAAGAGCCUGCGUAACGUGCACGGCUGCGCGUGCCUCACGCAGUUCGAGCACUUCACGCGCAAGUACCACUGCUGGAGGUGCGGCGAGGUGUUCUGCACGCGCUGCAUAGGCAAGCACACGCCGCUGCCGGGCCACUACUCGCAGCGACCCGUGCCUGUGUGCAGGAGCUGCUACAAGCACAUCAAGUCGGUCGCGUCGUCGUAAAGCCGGCCGCGCCGUCGGAGCCGAGCGUGCCGCAAACUCGCACAGGUGGCGCCGGUGUAGCAGUGUAGAUCCAGCGAGUGCAGGUGGUGUGAAUGUUGUUUGUAUGGGUGGUGCCAGAGUAGCAGGGUAGAUCCAGCGAGUGCAGGUGGUGUGAGUAUUGUUCGCGAUGGUGGAGUCGGCGUAGUGGCAUAGAUCUGACAAGUACAGAAGAUGUGAAUAUAGUUCACACAGGUCGCGCCAGUGUAGCAGAGUCGAUCUGACAAUAUGGAUGGUGUGAUUAUUGGUGGUGGCGGCUUCGAUCCGACGAGUGUGUUUAUGGUGUGAAUGUUGUUUGCACAGGUGCCACCAGUGUAGCAGCGUAGGUCCAUCGAGUGUUGAUGGUGUGAUUAAUCGCUGUAAUUCAUCUCUCACAGACAGGGUUAAUGGUGUCAGGCUGAGGGAUACCAACAAUAAUAACGUGUGUUUCAAACAAUUAAUACCUGUAAUCAAUUGCAAUGAAGGUUAUCUGUAAAUUAUGAUAUCUGAGUGUGAAACCAACGAAUUCUUAUACACAUACGUGUUAGAAUUGCAAUUUUGUUUGACAUGAAGAUUUAGACGAAACCUUUGUGAAUUUAACAAACAAUAGUAUGUAGCCUAACAAAAUCUAGAGUAAUUGUAAGAACAAGAUUCACAUGUUUAUAGUAUUGUAAUGUGAUUUUAUUAAUUAUCCAUUAAGUAUUGAUUACGUAGAACACAAGUAAAACCUUAUUCUAACAUGAAAGCCUACUAGGCAAUCUGAAUUGAUUGUUUGUUCAGGUUUCUGUUUGUAUGUUUGUCUUGAACGCCGUAUUUCCACUCCUAGUGCUGGUUAUGAUGAUUGCUACGUAACUCUUUCGGAACAACUGCAGUAAUUUCGUUCGUGUCAGGAGAAAAGGUAUUUCAAGUGUUUUUUUUUCAGUGUUGAGAAAUGCAUUUUAUAUUAUUUUCGUGUUGUGAUCAAUAGCAGUCUAAUCAUGCGGAUUUAAGUGAACCCUCUCUAGUCUGAAGUAGAAGGAGAAAAGCUUUCACGAUUAACCGAAACGUCUGAAAUGCCAUUCGUUACAUAGCUGCUGUGGCCGACGGCAGAGCUUUCUUUUUCCUCUUCAUUCUAUUCCCACUAUUAUUUUUUGUUAUAAUCAUUUAAAUGUACAUGUUCAUGGAAUGUGGAAAAAAAUGUUUUUCUGUUCACUCAACGCUCAGCAUCCUUCAGUAAGUAAACUAAGACUGGGGUCGUGCCAGUCCAGUAGUCCGGAAUAGACCGCAAUAGCUGAGCUGAGUGAGAUCGGUCUAAAUAGGAUUCACUCUAAUAGUUUGAAAUCAAUAACGACUCCACCGAUGUGUCAAUAAUGCACUAAUUCCCUAAAGUGCUGCCGCGUAAUUAUGUAAAAUCGCGACAAAAGGAGUUUUUAAAGGUUUUUAAGCAAUGAUGUACGUCUUUUCUAGAUUCGCGUGUGCGUGUGUGGUACUCGUAUGUGCGUGUGCGAUUGUUAUAUACAGUGAACGUCACUGCAUACGGUAUUUGGUGGGUUAUUGUCCAGGUGAUAACAUGGAAAAUGCAGAAAGGCGUUUGUGUACUAUGAUAUAUAUAUAUAUAACAUUGUUAUGCAAAUGACACGUUUUUGUUUGUCAUUUUAACCACAAGCUACUAAACACAAGUAGACAUAAGCACAAAUUCAUAUAUAGAGUGUGACACCACGUAUAAUAUCAGUUAUCAUAUUAAAAUCGUAUUGAUAUCUUAUGCCAAGCGAAAAUGCGUUAAUUGAAAUGGUAAGAGAAUGUGAUCUGCUUUGUGUAUACUUGUCGUUAACUUAGUAUUGUUAGAUUUUGUUUUGUAUUUUAAUGCCAGGGUUAUCCGUCAUGGUUGUUUUCGUUGUCAAGGUUACCCGGGAAGACAUAUUUCCGUUGCCAGGGUUACGUGAAUAGGUUGUUUCCAUCGCCAUGGUUACUAAGCGAUGACGUUGUUAUUGUCAUGGUUUCCAAGUGAUGCUGUUAUUGUUGGUGGCCGGUAGCCAGCAAUAAUGUUUUCAAUGCCAAUGUUACCCAGCAUGGAAGUUAACAAGCGAAAAUGCCUGACAACCAAGAUCCUGGUCAUUAUUUUGUGUCCGUCACUGUUGUAACGAAUAACAUUCCACUGAGACAGGUGCUUAAUUAGUGUUAACUAACCAACUCUGUCAGUAUUCGUUAAGUUUUAAUGAAGAGAAUAACAAGUAAAUGGUAUCCACGCUGAAUUUCGUCUUUAUUUAUCAAUUUUUGAUCACUAGCAGAUACCAAUUAUUUCGUUUGGCCUGUUGAAUGUUGAAUUUUCAUAGAUAAUCAACAGCACAUAAACUAUUUGUACAUAGUCUACGUGCUAUUGAUAUAUUGGUUUUGAUGACUAAUUUAUUAAAUCGAUCGUAGAUCGUAGAUGUAUCGGCGAUCGGAGGCCGUAGGUACUCGAACGUUGCCUUUCCAGCGGACAGUUGUAAUAGGUAGUGAUCGAUAAGAACAAUGCUGUUAUGAUAUCGAACUAUUUAUUGUAGCCGUGUAUAGUUGGCUUGAGUAUAUCUGUAUAUAUUUCUGCUCUUAUUGUAACUAUUAAUAUAGCUGAAAUAGAGAUUAAAUGCCAAUCAUAA